ACUCGAAGAGCAUAAAAAAAAAAUCAUUCUCCUUCUCUUCUUAACUCGAAGAAGAAAAGCCUAGUAGUAUUGACUCUCUCCAAGCCCAUUCAUCUCUAGUUUUGCAGGAGUGAGACUGAGAGAGAAGCCCUGGUUUGUGUAAUUAGCUUACACGAAUUUGGAUUUCUAAAUCAGAGAAGAGUAUUGAAUUGAGCGGCGACCAUGGCGAAUUUGGAUUUGGAGCAGCAUUCAUCCGAAAAGGAAGAGAUGAAGAAUGAGAAGAAGAAGAGUAAGAAAAGAGCCCGAGACGAAUCGAAGAAACUAAAGCACCGAGCGAUGGAAGAUGAAGAGAGGGAAGAAAUGACAGCGAUAAGUGAUGAAGAACCGAAGAAGAAGAAGAAAAAGAAGAAGAAGAAUGAGAAAGUGAAGUUCGAAGAACAAGACAAUGGAGAAGAAGAAGUAAAGGAAGGAGACAAAGUGGAGGAAAGUGGUGGGAGUGGUAUAAUGACUAACGAAACGUUUGAGUCAUUGGGAUUGUCUGAUAACACUUAUAAAUCUAUCAAGGAGAUUGGUUUUUCACGCAUGACUCAGAUACAAGCUAAAGCAAUUCCCCCAUUGAUGAUGGGAAAAGAUGUACUUGGAGCAGCCAGGACCGGUUCUGGAAAAACCUUAGCUUUUCUUAUACCGGCUGCAGAGCUUCUCUACCAUGUCCGGUUUACUCCUCGCAACGGAACAGGUGUUAUCGUUAUUUGCCCAACAAGAGAGCUAGCCAUCCAGUCAUAUGGAGUGGCAAAAGAACUUCUUAAGUAUCAUUCGCAGACUGUGGGAAAGGUUAUUGGCGGCGAGAACAGAAAGAAAGAAGCUGAAAUUCUUGUGAAAGGUGUUAAUUUGUUAGUAGCAACCCCUGGAAGACUUCUCGACCACCUUGAAAAUACAAAUGGAUUUGUGUUCAAGAACUUGAAGUUUCUUGUAAUGGAUGAGGCUGAUAGGAUACUGGAACAGAACUUCGAAGAAGACAUGAAGAAGAUCAUUAAGCUCCUACCAAAGACAAGGCAGACGUCGUUGUUUUCCGCCACACAGACCUCCAAGGUUGAGGAUCUUGCUCGGGUGUCACUUUCGUCACCUGUUUAUAUUGAUGUCGAUGAAGGAAGAAAAGAGGUUACAAAUGAAGGCUUGGAGCAAGGUUACUGCGUUGUGCCAAGUGCGAAGCGUUUAAUUUUCUUACUCACCUUCUUGAAGAGAUUUCACGGGAAAAAGAAAAUCAUGGUGUUUUUCUCCACGUGCAAAUCGACCAAGUUUCACGCCGAACUCUUCCGAUACAUCAAAAUAGAUUGCCUUGAAAUUCGAAGAGGGAUAGAUCAGAGCAAAAGGACUUCAACAUUUUUCCAGUUCAUAAAGGCGGAAACUGGUGUCUUGUUGUGUACUAAUGUCGCUGCCCGUGGUCUUGAUAUUCCUCAUGUGGAUUGGAUUGUGCAGUAUGAUCCCCCAGAUGAUCCUACGGAAUAUAUACAUAGAGUUGGUAGAACAGCUCGUGGAGAAGGAGCAAAAGGGAAGGCUCUGCUUGUCUUAACUCCAGAGGAGUUGCAGUUUAUUCAGUAUCUCAAGGCGGCGAAAAUACCUGUUCAGCAACACGAAUUCGAGGAAGGGAAGUUGCUCAAUGUGCAGUCUUUUCUGGAGAAGAUAAUAUCUGAAAACUAUGCAUUGAACCUGUCAGCAAAAGAAGCAUACAAGACUUACAUUUCAGGAUAUGAUUCUCACUCUAUGAAAGAUGUCUUUAAUGUUCACAGACUAGAUCUCAAGGAGAUUGCGGCUUCAUUCGGUUUCUCAUCACCACCCAAAGUAGCUCUGAAGAUAGAUCAGAGAGGAGAAGGAGGCGGCUACAGAAGCAAGAGAGAACCGGUUAAUAAGUUUAACAGAGCUCGGGGCGGUAGAGCCGGCGGUAAAAGUAAGUUCGAGCGGUUCUAAGAUGGCUGCGAAUUCGGAUAGUUCCGUUUUUUUCGGUUCGGGGAGAAUUCUACCGAAUUAAAUUUCGUUCGCUUCGAUUAUCGGAUAGUUCGGGUUUUUAAAAUGCUACCGAAUUAAAUCAAAAUUUCUAGUUUUU